ACGAUAUAAUUAUAUAGAGAGUGAGAGUGAGAGACUCAACGCCUAAUUAGUGGCGCGAGUGAGUGUUGAGAGAGGGAGCUCGAUAAGUAUUAUCAGGCCUACCUACCUAGGUGUGUACCGCCUACCCCACUCCCACGAUCACUCGCAGCACAAUGGCCGACGAAGAUCUCAGCCCGCUGCCGUUUCGGCGAGAGCGUAACUUGAGCAAUCGGAACUUCAACAAGCGCAACUCGCGUCGCCGCAGCGGCCAGCCAUCGGAGCUGGAGCGUCACAGUAGUGCGCUGGACGGGCAUUGCGGCGGACGACGCGACAGCACCGCGAGCAGCAGUUCGAGUUCCUUUCAGCUCUCCUACUCGGUCAACUCGGACACGGAGAGCGCGUUCAAUCGACGCUCCAUACUGAAAAUGCGCGCGGCCAGUGAAGACACGGCAGAGCCGUGCGCGGAUAACACGCCACAGACACCCACAACGCCGGAUCCGGCAUUUCUGGAUGUGCGCCAGAAGGUGCAGCGCUUCGAGACACUGAAGACCACAAUUAGCUACUUACGGCAAGAUCGUCUUAGCCUGAAGCUGCUCGAGAAUCGUCGCCAUCCCAGCUUCUCGCAGUACACAGAGCAGGUUAACAUUCGAACUCCACCCCCGCCGCGGCGCGUUGCUCUGCCCGGUCUCAGCUCCUGCACCGAUUCCGUAUCCAGCAACCAUCUCAGCAUUGAUGAGGUGCGCUCCGAAGACGAGGUCGAUCAGAUCUCAGACUUUGAAGCGGAUCCUCAGGAGGCGGUCGAGUACAUGCUCAGCGAGAGCAGCUCCGCCGUGCUGCCCGCCAGCUGCACAGACGCGGAUGAAGUGAAGGCCCAAGCGGUACAGCGUUCCAUAAGCGCGGAUCCCACCAAGCUGCGCAAUGACAAAGAUUUCCCAAGGAAUUUUCGCUCCACUCCAAGGAGAAAGACUGAAAUUAUUGGCACCACAAACCAUCAGCUGGUUAAUAAAUUUCAUUCCGUCUAUCAGCCCAAGGAAGAAGAGGAUGAGACUGAAAUUGAGCUGCGUGAUAAGAGCGACAAGUGUGUGCACCCCAUACUCGAGGAGCUUAUUCAUACGGAGGAGGCCUAUGUGAAGAAUCUGUUUACGGGCCUCGAGAACUAUGGCAAUAUCUUCCAGCGCAAGGAUCUGCCUCAAGGUCUGCGUGGCAAGAAGUACGAUCUCUUUGGCAACAUUGAGCAAAUCGCCGAGUUCCAUCGGGAUGAGUUCUUGCCCAUGCUGCAGCGAAAUCGUCGCGAUCUGAAACGACUCUUUGACGAGUUCUUGGAGUUUUUGGAUCAAAACUGUUUCUAUGGCUAUGUGAUCUUCACGAUGAACAAGCAGAAAUCCUUAAAGCUGUGCGAUCUCUAUAAGAACUAUUUUACGAGCAUACGUCUGGAACGCGAUGAUAAGCUGGGCAUCAACAGUUUCCUGGUGCAGCCUAUACAGCGCAUGGCGCGUUAUCCCUUGCUCCUGACGCAGUUCAUCAAUACAUUCUUCAAGAAUCGUGACAUCGUGAUGAAGCCACUGAUUGAGUCCUGCUGUCGUCUGGAGAAGCGUCUGCGCACGCUGCUGAUCACCACCAACGAGUCGGAGAUCAUCAACGAUAUUGUGGACUGCAAUGAGUUCAAUGUGUAUUACCAGGGCAAGUUCCGUAAGGUGAGCGAGUUUCAGGUGACGGAUCACAAGCUGAAGCGCAGCUAUCGUGCCAAGGUCUUCAUAUUCGACAAGUGCAUCAUUUAUACGGAGAUCAAGGGCAAACACUUGGUAUUCCACGGUCGCUAUCCUUGCGAGCAUAUCGGCAUUGCGGCCAAAACCAAAUCCUUCACACUCUUCUAUGAGCGACGCAAGCAGCAGGAGUGCGAGUUCAGCGCAGAUCCCGCACAGAUCCAGCUCUGGCUGGAUCUCAUCCGCGACAUGAUCAACAACUACGCCAACGAGGAGCGGCAGAAGCUGCACGAUCGCUACUGCCGUGAAAACGAUCAUCUGCAUCGCAAGGCGCCCAGUCUAUCGCUCUAUCGUGACUCGAAUCGCUUCAGUUCGGACAGCGGCAUCGGCAACAUCUGGGUGAUGCCCAAGCCGGAGGAGGAGGCCACCGGCAAUCGCACCACCUGGUACGCCGCCUCCUAAGUCGUCCAGAGAGGGACCUUCGCCCACUGAACUGGUAUCCAAAAGACAGACCAUGAGGGUGCUCAUGAGUCCUUGGCCAGGUCGCCGCAGUCGGAGCUGUACAGCUGGCUGGACGGGAAUGAGCCUGUGCAAUAAGUCAACUGCUUAGAGGUUGGCACAUGUUUAUUAUUAUUAUAUACUAAAUUUGUUAUGACUAGUUGCCUUCCCUAAACCAAAAAAUGGAAAAAAAAAACAAAAAAUUUAAGAAAAGCUGUUUAAGUCUAAGGCUAAAACACCAAAUAUUGCCAAUUAAGUUAAUUGUAAUAUUUAAAGCAAAAAAGUA